UUGGGGGUUGAGAUUGGGUCAGUAAUUUUGAGCAGCGUCGCGGCCAACUGUUUGUGAAGGAUACACGCGUAUCGCCAUUACGACCCCGAAAUGCCAUCAACAGGACGCAUCAUCUCCAGAAGCAGAAGUCUCAUUCGGCCCAUGCUGCAGCUCUCAUUGCGAUCCUGUCAGCGGCAUUCGUCUGUCCUUGUGAACCGAUCGCAGACAAUCUAUCAGGACAUCUCUGCUACUACCUCGACCGAGCCACCCUGGCAUCACCGCCACCAACGCCCUACGCGAUACAAAGCUGAGUUCCAGAAGAGAUACUACUCGUCAGCAGGGGCAACGGCUAUCUCUUCUCAGUAUCCAAUCCAGUAUGAUCGUGCCUUUUUGGAUCACUGCAAGAAACGGCUUGAGGAAAAGGCGAAUACAAGCGCAUACUUUGUGUUUUGUAAAGAAGAUCCUGUGCGCCAGGCCGGCGUAUUUAUGCCGCUUUGCAUUUACAAAGGAGUUCCGAGUGUCCUAUUCACUAUCCGCGCCAACAACAUGAGAAAUCAUCGUGGAGAAGUCAGUUUCCCAGGAGGAAAACGCGAUCCGACAGAUAAGAAUAUCCUCGACACGGCACUGCGCGAGAUGGAAGAGGAGAUUUCAGUGUCGCGGGAUCAGAUCGAGGUUCUUGGAGAGUAUGCGCCGAUGCCCAACAAGGACUGCACCAUGAAAGUCCACCCCUUCGUAGGGUUCAUCAAGGAGCCCAUUGAGGACAUCGAGUCGAUCGUUUUCAACAAAGGUGAAGUCGACAGAGUGUUUACGGUGCCGAUACAGGAUCUUAUCAACCCGAAAAAGGGAACCCUGGUCCCGUUCAGGAAUUCAAAAUUCCAGUAUCGGGUGUGGAACAUUGAGCAGGAGCAGAUCACUAUCUGGGGUCUGACCGCAUUCAUUCUGGACGGUGUCUUGCGGCAUAUCAAGAAAAACGGACCUGUCGAUGCAACUGAGAUUCCGGAGGGAGCUAAAGUAGAAGGAUAUGAACCUCCCAAACCAUCUGCAUAAAGAUACCAUAUUAGUUAUCACACAUUGCACUAGAGAUCCCAUGAAGGCAAUAAAGGCAACACGAAUAAAGCAUCCAAGAU